AUGUCGGAUUCCCCCCAAUCUCCUCCAAAGGACGUUGAGCCAGGUGUACAGUCACCCGACGAUGAAGCACAAAUGAACGACCCUCAGGACCCACACGGCUCUGGCCUUGCCUAUGAGUUCGAGGUAAAAGAGCAGGACAGGUGGUUGCCCAUAGCCAAUGACUGCUUUUGGGAUCUGGCCUGCAAGCUUCGAAGAGUAUCGCUCCUGCGGAGCUCUGACCGCGGCGCGUCCGUCAAUUGGUGCUUUAUGGGCCCCCUUAGCUCGAGACAGCCGCGCAUCAGCAGAAGGCGUCCAUGUCUCACGAUUCGUCGUCUAAGUCGCCAGAAGCGCCUCGCGCUUCCAAAGCCGACAGUUGCCCGGAUCAUGAAAACCGCGCUGCCCGAGAAUGCUAAGAUCGCAAAAGAGGCAAAAGAGUGUAUGCAGGAGUGCGUGAGCGAGUUCAUCUCCUUCAUUACCAGCGAAGCAUCGGAGAAAUGCCACCAGGAGAAAAGGAAAACCGUUAACGGCGAAGACAUCCUAUUCGCCAUGACGUCUCUGGGCUUCGAGAAUUAUGCGGAAGCAUUAAAGAUCUACCUGUCUAAAUACCGAGAGCAGUCCCAGUCCAACCGGGGUGAAAACCAGCAGAACAGGCCGAACAGCCAGGGUUACGGAGCCAGCGCGCCGAGCGGAUCCGGUGCUGCUGGAACCUCGGGAUUCCAGGGAGGUGACGGGACGGGAGGUAUUGGCGAAUCAGGCGAAGGCUACAUUUACGCCCAGCCUAGUCACAACGGCGCGGCCGGCGAGACCUAUUAA